CCAGAUUCAUCCCCUGCUGCAUUGGCUCCAUCCUUACUAUUUCCGACGAUAUAAUUGUCUCCGUUGCACAUAUACUUCCGCUAUGUCAUUGAACGUACAGCCUCAUCCUAUUGAAGCAUCCAUUCUAAAGGCUCGCUAUGAUUUUUUGGACAAAUUCGAAGCACAGCUCGCCGGGAGUAUACAAUGGCAAAACUGCGAGUCUCCCGCGGCGUACCGCAAAAUGCGCCGGGAGGGCCUGAGCGGGUUUACAGCGCCUAUUCUCAACCCCCAUGCAAGGACUGUGAAAAUAUCUGCCAGGGACGGCCAUGCCAUUGAACUGCGGAUUAUUACUCCCACGAAGCAGGAAACCAGGGGCGUUUGGCUACAUUUCCACGCGGGUGGUUUUGUCAUUGGCAGCAACGCAUCCUACGAUCCAUAUUUGACCAUCCUGUCCGAUCGCUUGGGCCUGACCAUGGUAUCUGUGGAAUAUCGACUGGCGCCCGAACACCCUUUCCCCAAAUCUCUGCACGAUUGUGUGGAUGCGGCACUCUUCGCCCUCAGCGAAACGGGUGUGCGCGAACUGGGUGCACCUCUGAAGGUUUUAGGGGGUGAAUCCGCAGGCGGGUGGCUCGCGAUUUCAACUGGCCUUUCCCUCCGCCGAGACCACGCAAUCGAUGUCCGCGUAGCCCUCGAUGCUGUCGUGACGGGAUAUGGAAUCUUCGACCUCACAUACACACCAUCUCUCCUGGCACAUACGCGAAACCUCAUCUUGAGUAAAGAAGGUAUGAUGGACUUUUGCGAAGCGGCCUUUGGUCACAUUCCCAUGUCGGAGAGAAAGAGCCCGCUCGUGUCACCUCUGUAUGCGGAGUUGAAGGAAAUGCCGCCGGCGCUGUUCUUGACAGGAAAUAUCGAACCACUGCUGGAUGAUAGUAUCUUCAUGGCGGCUAAGUGGCAGCAGGCGGGCAAUAAGGCUGAGUUAGCUGUGGUCGGUGGGGCCUGUCAUGCGUUCACCAUCAUUGAGAUGGGAGAUGCAACCCAGGAAGGCUUGGAUAUUAUCACCAAGUUUGUGCAGCAGAACGUCUGUUUGUGAUAGGCUGGGCUCUUGCAGAGUUAUCAUCAUCGUCUAAAGUACUCAUGCUAAUAUAUUAGAUUACUAGUGCAGUCAUGGCAAUUUUUGUUAAGAGGGAA